AUGUCUGGGUAUUCCGCAAUGAGUUUUUUCGCGAUCGAAAUCGCAGGGUCUAGCUGGUCUUGCACACAGAAAAUAAUCUCGAGCAUCGAUUUGGGGUAUUUUUGCAAAAAGGACGAUCUCAGGCACGUUUCCAAUUCUGGAUCGAUGCCCUUUAAUGGUCUCAAAAUGGUGACACCUUCGCAUGCAGAGGACUCUGACUCAGAUAACGACCUGGAUCUCGAUUUUUUGGUGAACUUGAACAGGAUGGUGAAGAAACCGUUGUAUGCCACGGCGAUGACAAUCAAAUACCAAACGAAAAACAAAUCUGCAAACAGGAACACCGUCCAAGACGGGUCUGUGGAGGUUGUAGUCUCCAUGAAAGUGUGA